UAUUAUUAGAUUUAGUGGUGACAAUUUUUAUCUUUUAUUUUGGUGGCAGCUAGAAACUUCAAGAGAACAUCUUCAUUAUUCUUUCAAGUUUGAUGUCUUUCGUUUUAUUUAUUUAUACUGAUUUGGGCGGCCCUCUCUUGCACUGCGCCCAUGCGUGUAAUAAUUGUCUGAAACGCUCCAUUCCCUGCCCACUCCUUAAUAAGAAACACACGAAUACCAAUUUAAUAAACAUAUUCAUUCAUUCCCUUCCUUCCCUUGUAAGUUGUGACCUACCUUCUUCUGUUCUCUUCACUUCCGCAACAGAAGAGAAUUAAUAUAUAAUUAUAAGCAGCAGUUAUGAUUAUGGAUCGAAGUAAUGAGGAUCAGAAACUCGUUGCUGUGCCUAAAAAAUAUUCGAACAAGUACUUGUUCUACUUGGGCCAGUUGUUGAUGAAAAGGACUUUGAAGCUUCUACUCUCAGUGUCUUUGUUGUCUUUGUUUCUUCUUUGCUAUUCUUCUUCAUCAGGUUUUUGUUUAUUUCCGUAUUCCUUCACUGAGUUCAAUGUUUAUUUCUCCACGUUGCUUUUCUCAAUUUUCACCCGCGCGCUAGAGAGGAAUUUCAGUUGCAGCACCACCUCUAUUAAUAAUCAUGAAUCCCACGAUGAUUCUCUAGAUCAGGACGCCAUCACUUAUGCUGCUGGUGAAGAUGAAGGGGAAUCACCAACUAUACAAGAAGAAGAAGAAAACGACGACGGAGAUGGACAACAGGAAGAACUUAAAAAUGGGACUCUAUUGCAGGCAGAAGAAAUACCUCAAGCUUUUAGCGCAGAAGAAAAAGGUGGAGGAGGAAGUGAAUCUUUGAUAAAGCAACGAGAAGAAGAGAUGGACACACCAGAGCUGGAAACAAAUCAUGUAAAUGACUACUUAGCCACCACUAGUACAUAUGAACUCAACAAAAAAUUCGAAGAAUUUAUAAGAAAAAUGAAGGAGGAAAUCAGGAUUGAAGCUCAACGGCAACCCAUUGCCGUUUAACCAUUCAGCGAGCAGAUGUGCCUCUGCACAUACAUAAAACAUAUACAGUUCAGUUUGUUUAACUCAUCAUCAUCAUCAUCAUCAUAAUAGUCAUCGUCAUCGUCAUCAUCAUCAUCAUCACCAUCAUCAUAGUCAUCGUCAUCGUCAUCAUCAGAUCAGGUUUUAAUAAUUUUCUUGUAGCUCUAUAGCUGGCUAGCUAGUACUGUAACGUCACUUGGACCUUGUAAACAUCUCAUGUGUAUGAUUAUGCAUUCCAUUUUUAUGUCGUU